AUGCAUGAAAUCGUCACGCUCCAGCUGGGUCAGCGGGCUAACUAUCUAGCGACCCAUUUCUGGAAUCUCCAGGAAUCUUAUUUCACUUACAGAGAAGGCGAAGAGUCGCUCGUGGACCAUGACGUCCAUUUUCGACCAGGUGUUGGGGCGGAUGGGUCUGAAACGUACACCCCGCGAACCGUCAUUUAUGAUCUGAAAGGAGGUUUUGGAACAUUGCGCAAGCAUAAUGCCCUGUACGAGCUCACCGAAGACUCCACGGCGGGCCAGGGUCUAUGGGAUGGCCAAGAGAUUAUACAAAAACAAGCACCCAUCCAGCAAAGUGAUUAUCAAAAAAGCUUAGAUCAAGGCACAACCGCCCCGCACCUCACGUCUGAAACGGUGCGCUACUGGUCCGACUACAACAGAGUCUUUUAUCACCCACGGUCCAUUGUCCAGCUGAAUGAGUAUGAGCUGAACUCGCAGGUCAUGCCUUUUGAGGAUUGGAAUGUUGGUGAAGACUUGUUCAACGAUCUUGAUAAGGAGCAUGACCUUUUGGAUCGGGACGUCAGGCCAUUUGCCGAGGAGUGUGACCAGUUGCGAGCAUUGCAACUGUUUUCAGGAUCUGAUGAUGCAUGGGGCGGAUUUGCCGCUCGGUAUAUCGACAGGUUGAGAGACGAGUAUGGCAAGAAGAGUAUAUGGUUCUGGGCUAUCGAAGAUGGCACUAGAGUCCAGCGACAUCGUCAGUUGAAGAGGGACACAAACAAGGCGAAGUCGUUAUACUCGAUCUCGCCCCAGUCGAGCCUUUACGUGCCCCUCAUUGAUAUCCCUCAGAAACUCCCGAGCUACCUCAGUGUAGAUCGUCGCUCGGAAUGGCAGACGUCCUCUCUACUGAGCGCUGCUAUGGAGACGGUGACAUUGCCCUCUCGACUGCGACCAUACCAUGACUUUGAGGCGUCUCUCGCAGGGGACGAUGGGAGACACAACAUCUUUGAGCUGCAAUCAACUAUCAACCCGGAAGACAAUGCUGAAAAGGCGCUGUCGUCGGAUGAGGAAGGCUCAUCCAAACUCCAAACUAAGUUUGACAUCGAUUUCACCUACGAUGGCGAAAAUACCAAGACCGCAACUAUCUUCAACCAAGUCCAGGUGAUGCGAGGCUGCGAGCCCAAGCCAUCUGCUCAGUCGCCCAAGGGUGACAUUGGGCACCUUCGCAAACUCCGUCUGUAUCAUUCAGAGCCAAAGCUGCAAAGGUAUGCUGCCCCGUUGACUGAAACAGUCUCAAUGACUACUGACAUCCGAACGCCCUGUCUUAGCUACCACAGCCCACUCCGCCUGCCCAUUCUCGACAGUUUCCCGCACGGUAUGUAUCCCGCAUCCCCGUCUGGGGUGAGCGUGUUGACCGCAUUGACCGCUUCGACCCGGACGGCGGACCGAAUCAAAGCUAUUGAGGGCACCGCGGCACGAAUGCUAUCAGUGGACGAGCGAGAGGCGAUGGUCAAUGGUUUGGGCGAGAUCCGGGAAUGCUAUGAGACGGGUUGGAGCAGUGGGUCCGAAGAUGAUGAUGACUAG